AAUCAGCGAGUGAAGACCAUGAAGUUCAUCCCGAUCUCAGCCGCUGGUCUCCUGGCCUCCCUCCUGGUCUCCCUCCUGGUCUCCCUCCCGGUCCACGCCGGCACCCAGUGUCAGACGAGCAUGACCCUGCAAUGCCAGUAUCUCAAUCUGUUCAACGGAGCCACCUUCACCUACAACGGGGUGGCCGGAACGGCACUCGGACUGAGUACCCCAGUGAACGUCGGCCCCGCCCUGUCCGUGAUCUUCUCUCAGGGACGCCCGGGGAGUGGCUCCUCCUUCGGCUGCAACGUCAUCUGCACUGCAACCACAACCACAACCACAACCACAACCACAACCACCACCGCGACGACCCCCACCACCGCGACGACCCCCACCACCGUGACGACCCCCAGCACCGUGACAACCCCCACCACCGUGACGACCGCCAGCACCGACAUCGUCACUCUAACACCGCAAUGUUACUGCGGACAGUCCCAGAGAUCCUUCAAGCGAGCGGGCGCGGCUCAGAAUCGCUCGACGUCGGACGGGGACCGGAUCGUCGGGGGGACCGUCGUGCCAGGUCAGGGGAAGUAUCCGUGGAUGGCGCAUUUCAACCCCACGCCUGAUACGUUCUGCGGGGGGGCGCUCAUCACCGAAUUGCACGUUCUCACGGCUGCACACUGCUUCGACAGCUACACGGACCCCGUCACGGUGACGUUGGGAGACCUGACGUUAGGGACGACCACGGACGGCGUCUCCUUGGACAUCCCCAGCAGCACCGUGACCGUCCAUCCCCUGUACGACCCGAACAGCCUGAACGGCGACAACGACAUCGCCAUCAUCACGCUCGUAACUCCGAUCGCCUUCGGGGCCAUCCCGUACAUUCGGCCCAUCUGCUUCUCUGCCGCCUCCGGCCCCGCCGUGGGGGACGUCGACGUCGUCGCCGGGUGGGGCGCCACCGCCUGGGGUGGAGCUCUAUCGAAUGAUUUGCGAGAAGCGAAUAUGACAGUCAUCAGCUCGACUCAAUGCAAAGCCAGUUUAAGCUACAUCGUCGACAACAUGUUCUGCGCUCAACAAGCCGAUAAAGCCGUCUGCACCGGUGAUUUGGGAAGUCCUCUCAUGAGGAAAACCUCGGGCGGAUACUACUUGCACGUCGGGAUCAAGCUCUUCCAAGAUGUCGGCUGCACCCCGGGGGGACCCGGAGCCUUCAUGAAGACCAGCGAAGGAAAUACAAUGUUAAAAUCCUGCCUCACUCCAGCCCUCAGCCGUCUCCCUACGUCCCUCAACCCCGCGCCCCCUCCAAUCCCUCAACCCCGCGCCCCCUCCAAUCCCUCAACCCCGCGCCCCCUCCAAUCCCUCAAAGUCGCUGCUCACCUUCCAGUCUCGUGGAUGGCAUCAGCAAGGGCGGCGGCAUCCGACGUCGAUGCCCCAACACCAUGGGACGACGUGGAGGAGCAUUGCAGACGGUUCUCUCACUACGGCAACCACUCCUUCGGCCGUCACAACUACGGCAACCACUCCUUCGGCCGUCACAACUACGACAACCACUCCUUCGGCCGUCACAACUGCGGCUCCCACGUAUACGUGUUCCAGUUCCCAGUACCUCUCCAACGGGCAGUCUCUGGGGUUGACCCAACAGAACUACGCAUUCCCCCGCAUUUGCAGCUGGAGAUUCUAUGUGAGAAUUCGAUGCAAUUUCAGUGUCCGCUGAACAUGUAUUUCCAGUGCUCGUCCAUGAACCUUCCCAGUGGUGCUAUAUUCUACUACAAUUCCAAACGGGGUGACGCGAGCACUCUGCAGAACCCGUUGAUCGUGGGCAGGAGUCUGACUGUCGCCUACUACAGCAACUAUAAACCCGGGUCCCUCUUCACUUGCACGAUCUCCUGCGGUCAGUCGGCUUCAAUCACUCUUCACAUGACUGUAUGA